GUAUGGCUUUAGUGCAAAUACAGGAGACUCCUCACUGGAAGAAAGUCCUAAGCUAUAUUGGUCCUGGAUUUUUAGUCUCAGUCGCGUAUUUGGAUCCUGGAAACUUGGAGACAGAUUUACAAGCUGGUGCUGACUAUAAAUACGAGUUACUAUGGAUUGUGCUCGUUGGGCUCGGUUUUGCUCUCGUAAUUCAAUCUCGUUCUGCAAACCUUGGGGUGGCUACAGGCAAACAUCUGUCGCAACACUGCAGGACUGAAUACCAUACUCCAAUAAAUUACUGCCUUUGGAUAUUGGCCGAGAUUGCAGUUAUUGCUGCCGACAUCCCAAAAGUUAUAGGCACAGCCUUUGCUCUAAACAUUCUCUUCAACGUGCCCAUUUGGUCUGGAGUGUUGCUGGCGGGACUAAAUACUCUUCUCCUCCUCGGAUUGCAACGAUACGGCAUAAGAAAGUUGGAGAUUGCAAUUGGUAUACUGGUGCUGGUUGUGGGAGGCUGCUUCUGCUCUGUGAUGGUACAUGCAAACCCCAACGUGAAGGAGAUUGCAAGGGGAAUGUUCAUCCCCAAAUUAAGCAAUGCAAGUGCCACAAGAGAUUCCAUUGCUCUUCUGGGAGCUCUCAUCAUGCCGCACAACCUAUUUCUUCAUUCAGCUUUAGUGACAUCCAGAAAAAUUCAUCGUUCUGUCGAUGGUAUAAGGAGUGCAAACAGAUACUUUUUACUGGAAAGCGGAUUAGCUUUGCUCAUUGCAUUCCUUAUCAAUGUGGCAGUCAUAUCUGUGAGCGGAACCGUCUGCUCCAAUCCCAACAUCUCUUCAAACAACAAAUACCAUUGCACCAAUGUUACUCUCAACUCAGCUGCUUUACUACUGAAGAAUGCUCUUGGGAAUUGGAGUUCAAAAUUGUAUGCCAUAUCCUUACUUGCUUCUGGUCAGAGCUCAACUGUAACAGGGACCUAUGCUGGCCAAUACAUUAUGCAGGGUUUUCUGGAUUUAAAAAUGAAGCUUUGGUUGAGAAAUUUAGUGACCAGGUGUAUAGCCAUAGCUCCAAGCUUAAUAGCCUGCAUUAUUGGUGGACCCUCUGCUGCUGCAAGGCUAAUCAUCAUUGCUUCGGUAAAUUCUAAAUUUUGUUAUUCUAAACAAGAAAACAUGCCAAAAAACAGACCUAACUCUUUUUUAUUUUUUCCAUUUGAACUUCCAUUUGCAUUGGUUCCUCUACUGAAGUUUACAAGCAGUGAGGCCAAGAUGGGAGAGCACAAGAACUCUAUAAUGACAUUCUCAUCUAACCUAUACAAGGAGCUGCUUGCCAACUUGCAGUCGUUGGGAGGCAGUAGGAUUAUGGUUUCUCUGAUCUUAUGGUUCUUGGGAGCUUGCUCCAUUGGGAUCAACAUAUAUUUCUUAGGCUCGACUUUGCUGGGAUGGAUUACGAGUGAUCAUACGCCUAAGGCUACAGCUAUAAUCACUUGUGUAGCGAUUUCUCCGGUCAUCAUACUUUACAUUCUGAUGUUACUCUACUUGACAUUUAAGCCACAAAUUCCCAACACAGAUUCCCCGGAUUCUGGUAUGAGCCCAGAUGAAUCACUAGAAUCAGAAAUUACAAGGGAAAGGGAUAGCAACGGUAUACAGAGAGCAGUUGAGAUUGAAAUGUAA